AUGAGAAGACGUUUCACAAGUCAAAAGAACACAAACGCAAAAGCAGAGAUUACGGUUGGUUAUAACGUAAAUGAUGAUAAAUCACGAAUUAUUCAAAAUGUUAAAGUUAAUGUUAGCCCUGAAUUAACAAGGUCAGCAACUCAACCAAAUUUAUUAACUCGUGACUUACCGAAAAAGGAGGAGGAGCAAAAUAAAGAAGAUGGAGACCCAAUCAUUUUAUCUGAACCUGGUAAAGAACCUGUUGAAAUUCCCACUUAUCCAACAUACCCCCCACCUCUUUCAUCAAACAUCGAGAACCCAGGAAUCUACGAUUCCAGUCGCAAUGCGCCAUAUAAAAUAGACAUUAAUUCUGAAUUAAUGAAAAUUUACCGUGAUAUAAUAAUUAAUAAUUAUGAUUCAAUAAUAAAUUUAAUUGACCAAUCAGGUUUAAUUAUUUUACCUUAUGAAUCAUUAAUUCACAUUAUCGCCAUUCUUUGUGAUGUUCAAGAUUCAGACGUUAAGAUUCAAUUUUUCAUAGAUGAUGAGGUUUCAUGCUGCGGAACA